AUCACAUUUCGCCGGAGACAUUUCUGGGAAUGAAGGUUGGAGGGGACAAGUGGUUUCGAGUAACUCAUGUUACCCAAUCAUGCAUUGGUUUCACACAUGUAUUUACCAAUCUCUACAGAUGGUCUGUAUUUGAACAGGAACAGCAUGCCGAUGGCGUUUCGAAUCUAUCUAUCUUAGUCAGGGACAAUAAAAUGCAAAUAGCUCUGACUAAAUGGGUUUUUUUCAAAGUUUGACAUUAGGUCGUUUUAGACGUACUCAACCAUGGAUACGGUACUCCACUAGCGACUCUCAGACGUACUCGGCCUGGAGACGGUACUCUUCUUAUCAGCGCUGUCCUCAUAUCCAAUAUUGAUCGCUAAUGCAGUGGUUCCACGUCUGGAGAGACCUGUACACAUCGUCUUUUAAAGGAGUAUUUCCACGUAUCUGUGACGGGGUUAUUAGCCUAAACCAGUGGAUUAAAUGGGGAACAAACCUUGCAAACCUUCUGUCAAGGAGGACCACUUCAGCUUUGACGUUGCCAACACUGAAGAGGACGCGGAGGUUACUCGACCAACAGUCAGCCCAAUGAUCGGCAUGUGCAGUGACCUUCCUAUCCCCCUCAUCAUUCAGGAAGAUGCAGACCGUGACGUCAUUAGCGGAAGUCCCCAGCCUCCAAAGGACUCGUACGACAAGCUCAUGCAUUGGCUAGUAGAGAUGGCAGACGGGGACGACAUUGACCUGAAGGAUCCGAAAAUUGCAGAGGAAUUCUGUAAAUCUCCAUUAAUUGGUAACGCGAAAAAUCGGAAGAAAAAUUUGGGUCCUCGAUCACAAUCGUAUGAUAUUCACGUAAGUUACGAAGGGCCACUGUGUAGUAAACCGUCAAGGUCGUGUGGAGACAUUGAGGAGGAGACAGAGGCUGAGGGAUACAUGGAGAACCAACCAAAACCCAAGAGUUUCAAAUUGUCCCCAGAUCCACCCAGCCACAACCGCAAUAGAUCCACGCUCAAAAAACAAAGCGCUGUGUCGUUUGACUCAACGUGCGGGGAUCCGACUCAGUAUAAAAGAUCGAGUAAAUCCUAUAGCGAUCUUAACGAUUCAGCGAACUUCUUUGUAAACCAACAACAAAGCUUAUUGCGCAGCCACCAUAAAGUCAGACAGGUCCCGAAAACCCAGCGAAACCAGUUUACGAAACAGUACUCGGAACCCGUAUCUAGCAUUCCGAAAGUGUGUGUGUAUGAGAGCAUCGACGACAGCGGGAGUAACUGUUCUGAUCGUAACCGAAAUCAGUCGUCAAGCGCAAGUCUCGAUUCCAGAUCUCCUAGGUGUAGUCGACAAACAACAUUCAGUGACGAAGACGAUUUAACGUAUGAAAAAAGUAAGUCCUCCCUUCUCCAUCCUCCCUUGGAGAUAAUGACCGUGCGAGAGCACGAAGAGGAGGAGGCGGAAGGGGAAGGAGGAGUGAUCAGGUCCAAUCGCCGUAAACACAAGGGCAAAAUAUCCGGUAUGAUAAGCCGAAGCGUGGAGAACUUACUAGGAAAAACGUCCCGCCUUAGACAUCGCUUGAAGUACCGGAGCUCCAGUCUCUUCACAGUCAACAAUGAUGACAAGUCGGAAAUACCACCCGAACUUUUCAACGACAAACUCUUUCUUAACGACAAACUACUAGAUGGCAAUAUUGACGAUAUUCUGUACGCCGUGGACACCUUGUGGCCCAAUGAAUGACGUCACUGACACCGGAUUACGUAUAUUGUAACCGACAGAACGGAUGGUCUGCCAUUUGUUAAGCGUGGCACUUUUUGUCGCAAUAUGGUGCUAUAUGGUACUCCAGCGAAUGCCUGUGACGUGUUUACGGGGUAAUGAAAAGCACAUGGUGUGUUCACAUCACUGAAGGUGAAUGGUUGAUGAAGUUGUUGUCGGCAAGUCACACACAUGUGGAAAUGUGACAGCGAGUCUGGCUUCGGACUUGAUGGAAGUGAGUAGGUACGCACAAUAUGCGGAUAGCUUUAACCUGGUUAUAAUGAUUAUGCCAUGGUUGGGAUUUGUCACAUCUCAUCUUGAUUGUGAUGGGAAUUAAAACUGGAUUUAAGUUUAAAAUGUGACGAUUCGGAUUAUAAUCAACUUGAUUGGAAGUAAGGCGGAAGAAUGUGGACAAUGAUUAAAAUUAGAUUGUGAUUAUUCUGAUUACCAACAUAUCUGCAACUGAAGAGGAUAUGUAAUGAUAUUAAUGUGAGUAGUUUAUUUGUAAAAAAAGACAUUGCGAUAUAUUCAUUUUACAAUUACAUUUCAAAACACCGUUACCGAGAGACCUACAACAAGGAUAAUAAUAGUUUUUGAAGAGUUUAUUUCCAGAGACGAGAACUUUGAGAGUGGAUGUAAUGACAGAACGUUUCCGAACAUUUGGACGUUUCUGGAACACUUUAGGUUUUACCUUCAAUUAACAUUGCUGGGUUUUCUUUUUGGUUUUGAUUAUUUCAUGUGGUCUUCCAAUAGGUUUAUAGGAAUGGCUCAAAUUAACACCUUUUACAACAUUCCAGAUAAAAAAAAAGUGUAAACUAUCGGAUAAAAUAUGGAAUGUGGCCAGAAUCCAUUUUUUGCGCCAAUAUUUUAAUGUUUUAUUGUAGAACUCAGAAUGUUAUUACAGUUUUGCCCAAAACAGGACAUGCGCAUAUAAUAAAGAA